UCGGAGAACAGUAUAGAAUCGUUGCAACGGACCUAGUUCGUAUAUGGACAGAAGAAAUGUCUUCGGAAGACAUUAUUCGUCGUUGCCAGAUGGUGAAUCUGGAGGCGAUGAUCCUCGUGAUGUUUGUGAAGCUGAUGAAUUGUGGGAAGACGAUGCUGCAAGUGCUACUAAUGAUGAAUAUAUCCCUCGUGUCAAUGAGAUGAGUGAUUCUUCAAACAGCCAUGUUGCAACUACUGGAGAAGAGCAAGCCGAGAAGUUGCAAACUGAUGUCGCUUUACAUAUAGCAGCCUUGGAUAUAUGUAACUAAUUUUUCCCCAUGGAAGUCAGUCUUGUAUUGUUCAACUGGAAAAAAAGCAAUUUGUUGUUACCAUCUCAGAUUUGGAUUAAAGUAGGGUUAUUAUUCCUACCUUUGAAGGAGUUAAAUCCAAAUAUUGAAGCACCACCAGAAAAUCUCUUGUCAAAGGUUACCAAUUUGAUGGAUUCUCUUGGUCCAGAAGUGAGGGCUAAUGUUACAGUUGGCGAGGAAAUGCUGUGGCUAAGCCUAGAAACGAGAGUAUCCAGAUUUUUGUUUAGAUUCAACUUUAGACUCUCUCCUUCUGACCCAGCGACUUUUAUGCAAGAAGUAACAGUUCCUUUGGCGCUAAUGGUAAAGGAGCUUCAGGUUAGAGUAACACAAUUAUAUGAAAUUUUGAAGAGAAAAGAUGUAGAAAUUCAGCAAUAUAAACUGGAGGGUGCACAGAUCUGCAGAAAAAGUGUUGAAACUGAACCAUUUAAGAAGGAGGAAUUUGAAAAACAAUGUCUGACAAAAGACCAUGAGAAUGUCAAAGGGCCUCCAGCAGAAAUGAUCACAGAGGACAUAAUUCAGCUCUGGAAAUCAAUGAAACUUCCUCAUGCCACAAAAAUUAAAGAUGCAAAUCCAGUGAAGCAAGAAAUACAAACAAAUAUAAAAGAAGAACCAGCAUCAGAUGACAGUGAUAGCACAGAGAACAAUCACUUAACUAGAAGUAAUGCAGGUGAUUUGACUGAAACACAUCGUGAGUUGCAAAUAAAACGUGAAAAGGACUCCUCAAUUAACCAUUUGAGUGUUGGGAUGACACAAAAGAAACUGUUGAAAAGAAAACUUCGUUUGUAAUUUGAUUUGCAUUUUGAAACUACCAUUAUAUAUUGUGUAAAGGCUGCGGUCCAUGAAAACUGGCGAGGGUGAAGACAAAAAUGAUGCCUUUGUAGCUAUAUUAUCAUUUGUGAUCAUGGUGCCAAAGACAGUUUAAUAUCUGGGUGAUUGUUUUUAUGUUGAUGAAAAAGAGAGUAACUUAAAUACUUUUUCAUAUGCUGAUAGAUUUUAUUUUAAUGGUAACAAUCUUUUUUAAGUAUAGCUUUUUUUAAAUUGCUUGAACAUCAUAUAUUUGUAUUGUUUAGUGGCAAAGAACAAGGCUGCUGUUUGAUGAUUAGUGAUUUUUUUUCUAAUCAACAAUUUAGUAUACAAAUACCAUAACUCAAACUUUUAAAAACAGGAAUUUUAAUUGAUCAUGUGUGAAACUCUUAUUUCUUAUGUAUUUUAAUUAGAAAAUAAAUGAUGAAAUUUUA